CCGUUCGUCCAUCGCUCCGAGCCUACAGCGGCUCUGUUCUCUGUCCUCGUCCCAGUGUUUCUGCCAGUAUCUCGUUUCAUGAGUACUCAAAACCUCCCAAGGAGCGACGCCAAAUGGUCUUUCAGACCCUUUUCUCCACCAUUGGCCCAAACAGCCAGUACUGAUGGCCGAGUGUCUUUAGACAGCGACCGCAGCACCUCGAAUUCAUCCCCGCCGGUUGCACUUAAUGGAUCUACCAAUGGAGUCACACACAGCGAAGACGAUACCCUCGAUCCAAUACAAAGAUUACAACAAGAGCUACGACGAGAAAAAGAUGAAAAGGAGAAGCUCUCAGCCCAGUAUCACAACUUACUGGCCAAGUUGACUACCAUGCGGACAUCGCUCGGCAAUAAGUUAAAGCAAGAUGCUGAAGAACUUGAUAGGAGGGAACAGCAAGUAAACGAACUAUCUGCUCGGAACAAUGACCUGUCAUCCACGGUCGAGACACUCACGGCUGAGUUGAUUGCCUCUCACGAAGAGUCGGAACGGACCGCGCGAGACUUGGACUCUAUGCGAAGCCGCGUGCUUAAUGACAAUGCGCAAGAAAGCUUGUUGAGAGAGCGUGAGCUUAGAGAGGCAACGGGUGAGCUAGAACGGUGUCGCAUAGAGCGUGACGAGUGGGAGCGACUGGCGAUGCAAGAAAAGGUAAUAGCGGACGAAGCGAAAUUGAAUGCAGACACCUUGGGGCGUGAGAUGGAACUAGAACGAGAAGCAAGAGAACGAGAGUCCAUAGAACUUGAGGAAGCACGGAUCAGGUCAGACAACUUGCAGUCUGUGCUCGAAGAUUUCCAAGCCGCAAAGGAGCAUGAGUUGAACCAAGCUGUCAGAGACUUCAAAGAUCAGCUGGAUGAAGUCACACUUUCUCUUGCCGAGUAUAAGCGUCGAGCACUUGAUGCUGAACUUAAACUGGAAGAAAACUCUGGCAGCGCUUCACGAAUAGAAGAGCUAGAAAAAGAAACUAAGGAGAAGAAUCUACUCAUAGGAAAGCUACGUCAUGAAGCUGUCAUCCUGAAUGAACACUUGAUGGAAGCUUUGAGACGUCUGCGGCGGAACUCUUCAGAUACUAAUGUUGACAGACGUCUCGUCACCAACGUUCUCUUGUCAUUUCUCGCUACCCCCCGGGCGGAUCCCAAACGUUUCGAAAUGCUCUCACUAUUAUCAACUGUGUUGUCCUGGUCCGAUGCGGAGCGAGAGAAAGCAGGAUUACAGCGAACUACUCUACAACCCUCGGGCACAACUUCUUUCUGGGGGCGUCCGUCAAAUGUGGGUUCUCCAACAAAGAGCCCAGGCAGCGACCUAGAGAAGACGGACGAGACUGAGUCGUUCUCUCGGUUAUGGGUCGAGUUUCUUCUUACAGAGGCGAACCAGGGUGAAUCGCCAACAAGGCCAAGGUCGAAUAACUCCGUACCAAGUAGCCCUACUCGCAGUCCUUAUGGUCAACUGUCGUCCCCAUCUGCCGCCAAAGGUACAAGGCGCCUUGCUUCAUACACAUCUGCAGCAAUGGCAAGUUCGCCAAACCUCGCGCUGGCCCCGCCGCCGUCACGGAAAGGGAAGGAAAAGGAGGUUGUUUCGUGAUCCCGGCUGGCUCGGGCUGCUGUCGUUCUGCUCUCUUCAUCUUGGACGUACUUUGUAUUUCUUGUUUCUUCGGUUUAAAUUGAUCACUCUUUAUGCACAAAAAACCCAGGCGAACAUUCAAAUUCAUAUGCUAAUAUAACAUU